AUGUGCGGUUAUAGUGUAAUCGAUCAGGAUCGUUUUGUGAGAGCACAACUACUAAAAGGACUACGGAACAAAGAAAUAGUCAAGGCAUCCAGAACGUACGGUUACGAUACAAAUUUUAUCGUGCAGGCGGCUACCCGGGACGAAUCAUACGAAGCCGAGACAGCAUUGACCGCAGAACAACAAGUGUUCCAAGUAACUCGUCAGAAUGCUCCAAGUCACGGUAACCAGAAAAGAAGAUAUCCUGAUAAUCCUAGAAGUGGUCCACCUUUCAAGCGCCGGUACAAUGACUAUGCCCAGGGACGACGUUCACGUUGCUCACGAUGCAACCUUUUGUCACAUAAAAACGGCCGAUGCCCUGCACUGGACAAAAGUUGUUUGAAUUGUGGUAAACAAGGACACUUUGCAGCAGCCUGUCGCAGCAAGCGCGUAAAUGCAGUUCUUAAGCGUGAAGAUGAGGCUAGGGACCGUAAUGAUGGAAACGAAAGUGAUAAUCAGAAUAUCAAUGCAUUAUCCCUAGAAGACGUUCUGGUUGACUGUAACUUGGGGUCAUCAUAUCCGAUUCGUUUUCUCAUAGACUCUGGUGCAGAUGUAAACAUCGUAUGCGGUAGAGAUUGGGAUCGAAUAGAAUAUGAAUUCAAAUUAGGCAAGGCGAAGCUUGAGAUGAUUGAAAGAAUAAACAACGGAAUACGUGCAUAUGGUUCCCAACAGGCAUUAUUAGUUGAAAGGACAUUCAAGGCUGAUAUUUCUGUUCUAAAUAGCAGCAGACCUCCAAUUAAGGCUUCUUUCCACGUUAUUCGAACGGGGCUUAGAUCACUCCUAGGGCGGUCUACAGCUAACGAUCUAGGGCUUUUACAAGUUACAACCACAGUUAAUAGUUGUGAAAUUAACGAAGAAACGAGGAAAUUUCCCACUAUGCCAGGAGUCAUGAUAAAAUUUAACGUGGAUAAAAGCGUUACCCCAGUAAGAAAUGCCUAUUACAACGUGCCAGCUGCGUAUAGAGAAGGAGCAAAACGCAGACUACUUGAGAUGGAGGCAAAAGGAAUUAUAGAGAAAGUAACAACGGCACCCGAUUGGAUCAGCGGAAUGUCAGCAGUCCCGAAAGGGAAAAAUGAUUUCCGAUUAGUGGUAAAUAUGCGUGCCCCUAACCGAGCAAUAAACCGCGAGUAUUUUCGGCUCCCACUGAUCGAAGAAAUUAAAAUAAAACUGCACGGAGCCAAUCCAUUGUGGGCCGUUACCGCAGCUAAAUCCUGGUUCUGGAGCUCAGAACAAACCGAAGCAUUCAAACUUGUUAAGCAACAAAUUGUGGAAUGUACAAAGGCUCUCGGUUACUUCUCUGCCACCGAUAAAACUAUUCUUUAUACAGACGCAUCUCCGGUAGCGCUAGGAUCUGUAUUAGUACAAGAAAACAAAGAUCGAGUUCCACGAAUAAUCAGCUUUGCUUCGAAAGCAUUAACAUCAACCGAGAAAAAGUACGCACAAAACCAACGUGAAGCUUUAGGUGCGGUUUGGGCAGUAGAACAUUUCUCCUAUUUUCUUCUAGGUAGACAUUUCACGUUGCGUACGGAUGCACAGGGAGUGGCAUUUAUUUUGAACCGCUCUCGAGAAGAUUCAAAGCGAGCCCUGACACGCGCUGAUGGCUGGGCGCUGCGUCUUAGCCCAUACCGUUACGAUGUCGAAUACAUUCGAGGACACGACAAUAUAGCCGACAGCUCAUCCAGGCUGUACUGUGGAAAUGACGACCCAUUCGAAGAUAACAUGAGCCCUUGGGAAGUUGCUUGUCUGGAAGCAAAUACCAUAGAUUUCCUAACUGAGCAAGAAAUCAAAAACAGUACAAUAAAUGACGAAUCUCUUCAAAAGUUGAUCCAUGCUCUGAAAACUGGUGAGUGGAUGGAUGAACUGCAAAGGUAUAAGGCCAUACAACAAGACCUAACCGUGCAAGACGGAAUCAUAAUUAAGACUGGUUGUGCUGUAAUACCAGAAGAUCUUCGAGCAAAAGCACUGCAAGUGGCUCACGAAGGUCACCCUUCAACUGCUAAAAUGAAAAGCAUCAUACGACAGCGCGUCUGGUGGCCGGGCAUUUCGAAGGAUGUUCAAAGCUGGGUAGCAUCUUGUAAAAUUUGCGCUAUUAAUGGAAAACCUGAAAAAACGACACCAAUGGAACGAAUUUUUGUACCGAAAACUGUGUGGGAAACGAUAGCCCUUGACUUCAACGGGCCAUACGUCAAGUUUGGUGGUAUAUCGAUACUUGUGAUCGUUGAUUACAGGUCAAGGUAUCUAAUAGCGAAACCAGUAAAAUCGACUACGUUCAUGUUCACGAAAAAGAUUCUCGACGAAAUUUUUGAAAGAGAAGGUUACCCGAAGUACAUCAAAACAGAUAACGGUCCACCAUUUAAUGGAGACGACUACAAGCAGUACUGCGCUCAACGAGGAAUAAGAACAAUUUUUUCAACCCCGUUAUUUCCACAACAGAAUGGAAUGGUUGAAUCGUACAUGAAAGUCAUCAAUAGAGCCAUGGCAACUGCUUCAAUUAAUAGAACGAAUUUUAUAGAAGACUUGCAGAGUGCGAUUUCUGCACAUAACGCGGCUGCACACAGCGUAACUAUGAUUCCACCAGAGGAAGUUAUGCUGGGUCGCAAAGUUAAACGAGGGCUGCCUUUAUUACAGCACGCAAAAGCUGCAUACGACGUUAAACGUUUUGAAGACAUCGAUCGACAAUCAAAAAUCUCGGGCAAGAUACGUGAAGACACCAGACGUGGAGCAAAACCAUGUAAAAUAAAACCGGGCGACACAGUGAUAAUUGAACGUUAUAAUCGCACAAAAGGAGAAACACGUUUUCUUCCUAAAAGAUACAAAGUCACACACGAGAAAAACGGCAGCCUAGUGCUUAAAGACGACGAAGGGCAAAUAAUUAAACGCCACAUAUCACAAACCAAGAAGGUUCACGAGUGGCGUGAAACUGUAACGCUGAAGCUGCCAUCUAACACCGAAACUAACAAAUUUAACGAUGCCACGACUGGAACUAGCUGUAAUCCGAAUGUAUCAGAUGCAUCACCAGCCCGUAGUGAUCGAAAACGGAGAAUGCCCAACUACCUCAACGACUAUGUUCGCUCGGUACGAAAAGAUCACUAG